AUGGCUCCUAGCAAGAAAGACAACAAGCGCAAGGCUGCCGCUGCCACUGCCGCCGCCGACUCUCCCGCGAAGAAGACCAAGAAGGCGGAUGCGAAGCCCGCCGAAGCCCCUAAGGAGGCCUCGAAAUCGAUCCUGAAGAAGAGCAAGGGUGAUGGCGCUCCCGCCGAGAAAAAGUCCGCCUCGAAUGUGAAGUUCAACGGCGAGCCCGCGAGACAGAUCAAGCCUCGCAAGCGUGCCGCCGAUUUCCUGAGCGACGACGAGGACAGCGAGCCGGAGGUGGAUGCGAAGCCCGCCAAGGCCCAGGCUGAGAAGAAGGCCAACAACAAGAAGUCUAAGAAGGAGGACGGCACCGCCGCCCCGGCCGCCAAACCGAAGACCGCCAAGGCUGCCCCCAAGUCGAAAAAGCCCGAGGUUGUCGCCUCUGAGUCUGACGAUGACGAUUCCGCUGCCUCUGAGUCUGGCGAGGGUGAGGAGGAAGAGGAUGACCGGACCGUCGCUCUCAUCAAGGGAUUCGAGAGCAGUGGCGAUGAGGACGAGUCGGGAGAUGAGGGCUAUGACCCCAGCAAGCCAGUUCCCAAGAUCCCUGAUUCGAAGAAGGCCAAGCGCAAGAUCUUGAAGAAGCAGAAGGACGAGAAGUCUGGCAAUGGAGAAGAACCGGGUGCCGUCUAUGUUGGCCGUAUUCCCCACGGUUUCUACGAACACCAGAUGCGCGCAUACUUUUCACAAUUCGGCGAGAUCACUCGUCUUCGUCUCUCGAGGAACCGUAUUACUGGCCGCUCUAAGCAUUACGCUUUCGUGGAAUUCGAGUCGGUCUCCGUUGCCAAGAUCGUUGCCGCGACUAUGGACAACUACCUGAUGUACGGCCAUAUCCUGAAGUGCAAGUACAUCCCUUCGGACCAAUUGCACCCGGAGGUCUGGAAGGGCGCCAACCGACGAUUCAAGAAGACCCCCUGGAACCGCAUCGAGAAGAAGCGACUCGACAAGGGCAAGACAAGGGACGAGUGGUCUGAGCGUAUUGAGCGCGAGCAGAAAAAGCGCCUCGAAAAGGCCUCGAAGCUGAAGGACCUUGGGUACGAGUUUGAGCUGCCGCAGUUGAUGAGCGUGGACGAUGUCCCCGUCCAAAGCGAGAAGAAGGAAAUCGAAGCCCCCAAGCCCGCAGAGGAAGAAACCCCCAAGACCCUCGAGGCGCCCAAGGAGACGAAGGCUGAGAAGAAGUCCGAUGAUACCCCCAAGAAGUCCAAGAAGGAGAAGAAGGGAAGCCAGUCGGUGACUGAGCAAGAUACCCCCAAGCAGGAUGGCAAGAAGGGAGCCAACGAGGCCGCCGCUUCGCCUGUUACGAAGGCUGGAUCCAAGGCUAAGAAGGGCAAGGGCAAGGCUAAGGCUAAGGCUUAA